UGUUAUAUCAUUCGAGAGCCCUUAUCGAGGCGAGUUUAAAAUUAUUUUUUGUGAAAUUUUCUUACCAUUUUGGCCAAAGUUAUGGAGGGUCAAAUGUUUGAGUCUGGGGGGUACUUUUGCCGGUGGGGUACCAUGGGAACGUUGUUUGAUCAAGUAUGGCCCAUUCAAGCUGUAGAGUAUCCUAAAAUCAUCCUAAAAAUAUAUACUUUGUUGGGGGUCCGCUUGAGUCUGACACAAGUUCUGGGGGUCAGUAAUUUCUGAAGUUGUGUGUCACUUCCGAGUGAAGUACAAAGUAAGGGCGACAAAUAAAAUAUAGUAUUUUAAUGUUGUAGAACGUGUAAUAAUCCUCUGAAAAUCGAAGGUUCACUUGAGUCUG